AUGGCUGGGAGACGACAAAGUGAAGAACAACAACAACGUGAAGCACAACAACAACGUGAAGCACAACGACAACGACAAAAUCAAGAACGCGCAGAGCGACAAAAAAUGCGUGCAGAACAGCAGGAAGCACGACAACAUGAAAAGGAACAACAUGAAAAGGAACAACAACAACAACAACAACAACAACAACAACAACAACGUGAACUGGAAGCCAGCUACAACACAGCCAGGGAUUUUUUCAACAAGCGUUUAUACAAUUUCGACUAUCAUUUUUUAAACCAAAAUAUGGAUUUGGCAAGAAAAAAACACCUUAUUGACUAUAUCUCAACUAUGGAUCGAGGACCAGAUUAUUGGUUCAGCAUAGCAUUGUCCUUACCAAUCCAAAAUGUGAAUUAUGCAAAUUCCCACACUCAGUUAGCGGCACAAAGGGAGUCAGCCACUAAAUUUGAAAGGGAGUUACGUCCAAUAAAGUUCCAGUUGGACGUAACUGGGAAUAUAAGUGAUGCAUUUUUCCAAUCAAAGAUACAAAAUCUAGGGACUGCUUUACAAUCACAGGUUGGGAAAGAAAAUACAGAACGCUUGCAUGAUCUUUUCAAUGAUACAAGAAGUUCAAGCUUGGUCAACCAAGGGAUCAGGACCGAGGCUUGUCUCACAUGGUAUUUACAGAUGUUUGUUUUUCAUGACAUUACCACCAUCCUUGAACUUUUAUUUCCCAACCUUGUCGCUGAACCUCAAGUUAAGAUUGACAAAAAGGGAACCGUCGAUUUUCUCUUCCGAGUGACACCUGAAAAUGUGCACACUGCCUUUCCGAUAGAAGUGAAACGGGGGAACAUUACUGGAGUGCCGUUGCUAGCACAGCAGCCUGCAACUGUUGAAUUCACCAUCAUGCGUCAAUUACUUAAUUAUGCAAGACUCUUUCACCUGGAAAUAGUAGGGCUAAGCGAUUUUGAACGCUUGAUCGUCUUCAAGUUUAAUUUUGGCAUCGAUAAUGGGCAAGCAGGAUUAGUUCAGUAUCAAUAUAAAGUGUUCAACUUAAAAUCUACGCCCAUUAGCAUGAAAUGGGCCAUUGCAGCAAUUGUUUUCAGUCAGCUAUCUCGCUCAGCUCAAGAAAAGCAAGAACACCGUGAUACAAUUGACAUAUUCUUCGAAGCGCUAAAACGCCAUUAA